GCUGGGGGGUACCUCAUGUCCGGCAGGACAACUCCGACCUCAAUAAAAGGUCUCCAGGUGCCUCUGCUCCUCACACACCUUCAGCUCUCAGCAAGAACAAGAACGGUCCUCGCUCCGGCCACCCUUCGCUCCUCUCCCAACACCAUGUGCUCCACUGGCUGCUGUUCCACGGGAUGCUGCUCUGUCGUGAAGAGCAAGACCGUGUGCUGCACCCCCUGCAAGACCGUGUGCUGCAGUCCCUGCAAGACUGUGUGCUGCAGCCCCUGCAAGACCGUGUGCUGCAGCCCCUGCAAGACCGUGUGCUGCUCCCCAUGCCAGCAAUCCUGCUGCUGCGACCCCUGCAAGAAGACUGUGUGCUGUGACUCGUGCCAGACCUGCUGUGACCCGUGCCAGAAGCCUUGCUGUGACCCGUGCCAGUCCUGCUGUGACCCGUGCCAGAAGCCCUGCUGUGACCCGUGCCAGUCCUGCUGUGACCCGUGCCAGAAGCCUUGCUGUGACCCGUGCCAGUCCUGCUGUGACCCAUGCCAGAAGCCCUGCUGUGACCCAUGCCAGACCUGCUGUGACCCAUGCCAGAAGCCUUGCUGUGACCCGUGCCAGACUGUCUGCUGUGACCCAUGCCAGAAGCCUUGCUGUGAUCCGUGCCAGUCCUGCUGUGACCCAUGCCAGAAGCCUUGCUGUGACCCGUGCCAGUCCUGCUGUGACCCAUGCCAAAAGCCCUGCUGUGACCCAUGCCAGACUGUCUGCUGUGACCCGUGCCAGAAGCCUUGCUGUGACCCAUGCCAGACUGUCUGUUGUGACCCGUGCCAGAAGCCUUGCUGUGACCCAUGCCAGACUGUCUGUUGUGACCCGUGCCAGAAGCCUUGCUGUGACCCAUGCCAGAAGCCUUGCUGUGACCCGUGCCAGUCCUGCUGUGACCCGUGCCAGAAGCCUUGCUGUGACCCUUGCCAGAAGCCCUGCUGUGACCCGUGCCAGACCUGCUGUGACCCUUGCCAGAAGCCCUGCUGUGACCCGUGCCAGACCUGCUGUGACCCGUGCCAGAAGCCCUGCUGUGACCCAUGCCAGACCUGCUGUGACCCGUGCCAGAAGCCCUGCUGUGAUCCGUGCCAGUCCUGCUGUGACCCAUGCCAGAAGCCUUGCUGCGACCCGUGCCAGACCUGCUGUGACCCGUGCCAGUCCGUGUGCUGCACCAAGGUGUGCCAUAAGUCCGUGUGCUGUGUCCCACGUCCCUGCUGCUCUCCCUGCUGCUCCUGCGUGGUGAAGAAGCCCGUGGUGGUUUGCUGCACCCCGGUGAGGAAGUACUGCACCCCCUGCAUCCCCAUCCAGCAGUGCUGCGCCAGCCUCAGGAAGACCUGCUGAGCUGCCCCGGGUGGCCCCAAGAACGGGCACAAGGAGGUGAAAAGCUCCUGGUUUGCCUCUGGUUCUCAUGGUGAUGGAGACAAUUCAUAGAGAUUUUCUUCUUCUUUCCAAGCUUAAGCUGCUGCUUCUUUCUGUCCUUUAUUUAUCAGCUCUCUUUAAUUACUGACUGUCUUGAGAACACCUGAAUUUACCAUCCAUUGUGUAAGGCAUUAGAUAUUAGUGGGGUGUUAUUUCUCCUCUUGGUGUUUGGGAAACCUUUGGUGUCACUGUGACCUCUCCUCAUUUCCUCUCUUGGCUUGUAGACAAUAAAACUUGGCAUUAAGCAAAACACAA